UGACAAUAAAAACAAAUCCUUAAACUUUCUGUCAACUUUUUGACUUUUGGCAUUCCUCAUUCAUCCAUUUGUAGAAAUUAUACAAGCAAAAUGAAUAGUGUGUGGCUACUAUUUAAAUUACUGGAGGCUUUACUGGGAAUAAUCUGUUUGGGAUAUCACACGCGAGGAUUCCUCAAUGUGGAUUUUGUUCAGAGUCACUACACAUACUGCUGUGUUUUCGGUGGAGCUACUUUAAUACCCAUGUUCGGUUGUAUUAGAAUAUGCCUAAGGGAUACAAUUCAUCCGUUUUGCGAAGGAGUUAUAAAUUUAUUGGCUGCUUUGUUUUUGUUUGGAGUCUCCUUGAACAGCAUGUUUCAUGCAGAAAAGGAUUUCUAUUUGGUGUAUUUGUCAUCGAUGGAUAUUGGAGUGAACGAAGAACCGCCUCAUCCCUUUUUCAAAUACUCCAAAGCACAAAGUAUAUCUGCUUUAUGCUGUGGUUGCCUCUUCUUGCUGCAUUCUGUGUUUGCCUUUGAUUUAACACUAAAUAAAGCUGAAGAUAGUCAAACAGACGACGACUCCGAUGAAAGUGAUGACGAAGGGAGUGGUGACUCAAGAGUAACACCUACUCAUUUAUACGUAUGUGGUAAAUUUGUUCAUAAAUGGCUGAAGAGAUACGAUUGGUUUAAAAGACUGGAUUGAAUGGUCAUAUAGAUCUGAUAUUGAGCUUUGAUAUAAAGGAGACUUGUUUAGAUUCUGGAUAUGCAAAGAAUUUAAACUUGUGUUUUUUAACUUAAAACUUAUGUACGUUACUUUAUUCUACAAUAAAUAAAUAUACCAAAGACCAGUUAUUCGGUCAGAUAAUCAUGAAAAGGUCCAUAUAAAUAAGAAGAGACAAAUUUGUUAAAAGUCCAGACUACUUAUGAACUUCUCUCUUGUGAUGGCAAAUGCUGAACUAGCUACCUUUGCGCCCUUUAAGUUGAAUAUUCUGUUCAGCCUUUCAAGCGGAAUGCUGUCAAACUCCAUAUAAAAAAAACG